AUGGAAGGAGGUGAAGGAAGUAGCGCCGCCGCAGCAGUCGUGCCAGAGUCAGUUAUGGAGGCUGUGAAACAAACCAUGUCCCAACUCCAGGAACUGAAACCACAGCUUGAGGAGAUGAUGAUGUCUUUAGCUGAACCAGAGGAUCUUGCUCAAAUGCAGCCGUUGCAGAGAGCUAAAGCUAUGUACUUGCUAGCCGAAGCCACCACAACGAUUUUCACUCGUGUCUUUUUUGGUUGUUAUGUUGAUGGUAGUGUUGUUUUUUUUUUUUUACAGGAGAGGCUGAACGUGUACAGAGAGAAGUUACAGCGGUGUAUGGAUCAAAGUAAAGAACCAUUGCGUCCGACUACAGUCUUAAACCGUCAGGCAGCAACACGUGUCAUCGAACACUCUCUGCCUGAUCUUACAUCUGACCAAAAGCAAAACAUGAGAGACCUCAGUCAAGGAGAGAAAUCAAGUAUGGCCUCUUCAGAAACAACAGCGAAAAAGAGGAAGUACCAAUCAAAUGAGAAACAGUCUGUUCAGUCAAAUGCAAAGGAGUUUAUUGAAAAGGCAGCUCGUGAGCUUAAUGGUAACACUGAAACUGGUUUGAAGGGUCCUGUAAUGGCGGCAGCUGAUGAUUCAGAUGAUGCUGAAAGGGUACAGCCUGAUUUACCAAAUAUAUAUAUCAUGGUAAUGUUCUCUUGGUCAAAUAAUAAACGCUCUUCUCAUGUUCUCUGA